AUGGCGCCCAGUCAGAGAGGUUGGGAAAUGAUCGAGAUCGUGACGGUCUUGGUCUCACUCAGCUUGAUCUCUGUUGUGCUGCGGAUGUUUGCUCGUCUUCGUAGAAGAGUUGGCUUUGGUAUCGAUGACUACCUCAGUGCCAUUUCUAUACUGCUGUUGAUUGCUAUGUUGAUUGAAUUGAUUCUAUGGUGUUCGAUUGGAGGCAAUGGAGCCCACGCCGCAGAUCUAGAUCCUAAAACAUUCAUGAACUAUUGGAAGGUAUGUGCUAUCCAGUUCUUAAGUGAAUUUUCAAACUCACACUCUCAGAUCUUCCUCGCCAACCAAUUCACCUACUUCUUGCUAUGUCCCUGCAUCAAGAUCUCUAUUAUUUGCUUCUACCGUCGCGUGUUUGCAACCCCACGCUUCCAGCAAUUCACCUUCGGUCUGAACAUCUUGAUCGCCGCAUGGGGCACGGGAAUCUUCCUCGCCUGCGCAGGCCAAUGUCGACCCCUUCGCGCCUACUGGGAUAAGAGCAUCGAAGGAUCAUGUUUCGACGCCCAGGAAUUCAUCAUCGUCAACCAGGCCUUCAACAUCCUAAUCGACUUCGUCAUCCUCGCCCUCCCAAUCCCAAUGAUCUGGAAUCUGCACCGUGCCUGGCAAGACAAGCUCGCCUUGAAUGGCGUUUUCGCCCUCGGUGCCUUCGUCUGCUUUGCCAGCAUCUACCGCAUCGUAGUCCUAUUCUGGAUCAGUCCCGCAGACCCCACAUACACAGUCUACCAGGCCACAUUGUGGACGCACAUUGAACCAGCUGUCGGUCUCAUCUGCUCAAACCUCCCAAUCAUCCGUGGUCUUUUCCCAGCCCUCAAGCUGAAGAGCUCCCGCAAUGGAACGGGUCCCCAGUAUAUCAACACCGAUUAUACAAACUCCAUGUUCUUGUCAAAGGGUAGUCCCCGCUCGCCUGAUUUGGAGUACAUGAAGAUGGAAUCGGCGCUAUACAACGCCCAGGUUGAGAGCAAGUCGCCUGGGUUCUUGGGUGAUGAUCUUCGUUCUACGGAUAUCAAUGUUCAGACUGAUAUCUCCAUUCAACCCAAUGAUUCUACGACCACGCUGCACCGGGCCAAUGACGCGGUCUAA